GUUUUAAAGGGGGGACAUGUUACGAUUGUUGACGUUGAAUACAACUGUGUUUACUGUCAACGCGUGUUAUUUAGACAAUUUAUUCACUUUUGUUGGCGAUAAAGAUGAUACGAACGAUGCUUAUAUCAACAUAUAGUAUUUUACGAUUAAGUGAAAAUCAUUCAUUAUUAUCCAGAGUAACUUUUGUUUUCGUAUGACGACGAUACACCGCAUUGAUCCAUACGUACGGUACUGUCGAAAAGCCAAUGAAAAAAAAGGGGAAGAGGAAGGUGGCUGCGGCCCCUUUGAUGGCCAAAAGGGCUGUUGAACAGAAGAAAGUUGUAAAUCCCCUUAUUGAGAAACGACCAAGAAACUUUGGAAUUGGUCAGGAUAUUCAGCCCAAGAGAGACCUUAGCCGUUUUGUCAAGUGGCCCAAGUAUAUUCGUCUCCAGAGACAGAAGGCUGUGCUUUUACAGCGUCUGAAGGUUCCUCCCCCAAUUAACCAGUUCAAACAGACUCUAGAUGGAAAGACAGCAACCCAAGUUUUCCGUCUGAUGGACAAAUACAAGCCAGAAUCCAAACAGGCAAGGAAGGCUAGAUUAAAGGCCCGUGCUGAACAGCGUGCUAGUGGUGGCGAGGAUGUACCAACAAAGCGCCCCCCUGUAGUGAGGUCAGGAGUUAACAACAUCACUUGUCUAGUGGAACAGAAGAAAGCACAAUUGGUUGUUAUUGCCCAUGAUGUGGAUCCAAUAGAGAUUGUGUUAUUCCUGCCAGCACUAUGCAGAAAAAUGGGUGUACCUUACUGUAUUGUGAAAGGAAAGGCUCGUUUGGGACGUGUUGUCAACAGGAAAAAUGUCACAUGUCUGGCUCUUACAAGUGUCAACCCAGAGGACAAGUCAUCUCUCAGUAAAUUGGUGGAGGCCGUCAAGACCAACUUUAACGAAAGACACGAAGAG